UGCACUGAGAAGCCCUCUGCUGUCCCUCCUACAGCUCCCCUAUCCCUGACCCUCCAGCUAAGAGAAGAAGGGAGGGGCUUGGAGGUAAAUUACCGGUACUCAGGGAGUCCUGUGGGUCCCAGGCCCUGGCAGAUUUUGUUCUCUCACCCAGGGUUCAUCAUUAUGUGUUCCAGGAAAGAUAUUUUGUGUUGCAUAUCUCCAAGCAGUGUAGAGCAACAGGCCUUAAGGGAGGUGACACUGUAGAACUGGGGACAGUGAGACAGGGCAUGAUGAGCCGAGGGCCUGCAGAAAAGGGGAGAGCUAGAAAUCAGGGCAUUAAUAAAACAAUUUCACAUUGGACAUAAAUUCAAGGAAGGGAGCAAGGCAUUUAGCUAGGUGAAGGGAAAAGUUUUAAACCUGCAUUUGAAGAAGAAACUUGACUGGCUCAGAGGGAGAAAGUGCCUGGUAAACAGGCAGCAAAAACAAAAAAGCUUAAAAGCGCUUCCUCCAGUUUGCUGAAUGAAGCGGAAAGAGAGGAAGCCAAGAUUAGGGGAGUAGUGUGCGUUUAUAUGGGGAAUAAGGUGGGUGUGGACACAGAGCAGAUUGAAGAGAGAGUCAGUCAAGCAUGCCAAACGCCAAUAUGGCAGUUUUAUAAUGCAUUCAGAAAUGGAGAGGAAGCCAUGGUUGGUGAUUGAAACGGGAGGAUAGAUAGGAAGGAACAGUUUAGGCAGAUAGUGAAGGGUGAUGUAUGACAGGGGGAAUAUUAAUAAAUACAGUUAGUGAAGAUUUUUUCUUCUCUAGGUUCUCAACGAACAUUUAUGCAAAUCAUGGUUCCAUGGUCAAUGACAUCAAAUCAAAAUGGAAAUCGGAAUCAGGUGUCCUAUGUUAUUACAAUAGAAGAGAGGUCAUAUACCCUUCUCCUGAAGCAACAGGUUUUUUUACCCAAUAAUUUCAGGGUGUAUACUUACAGGCAAGAGGGGUCUGUUCAUUCUGAUUUCCCACGUAUUAAGCGUGAUUGUUUCUACAAAGGAUAUAUUGCAGGUUUUCCAAAUUCAGUUGUGACACUCAGCACCUGUUCUGGACUUAGAGGGAUACUGCAGUUAAAGAAUGUCAGCUAUGGAAUUGAACCUUUGGACUCUACACCUGGAUUUCAGCAUCUCGUUUAUCAAAUAUGGAAUGAAAACAUCGAGAGUCUGCUUUUUGUAGAAAAUGAUUCUGUUAUAUGGAGUGAAGGGAUGACACGGAAGCUGGAUACAGGAAUAAAAUCAAAACAGAGUUUCAUCAGAUACUCCAGAUAUCUGGAAAUGCAUGUGAUUUUGGACAAGGCUCUGUAUGACUAUAUGGGUUCAGACAAGGAUGUUGUAACGGAGAAAAUAGUCCAGCUUAUUGGCUUUGUCAAUAGUAUGUUUACCUCUCUUAAUAUGACAAUUGUGCUGUCUUCAUUGGAGUUCUGGGCAGAUAGUAACAAAAUUCCUAUAACAGGGGAAGCUGAUGAAUUAUUACAAAGGUUUUUACAGUGGAAAAAUAUCCAUCUUAUUCUACGGCCACAUGACAUAGCAUAUUUAUUUGUUUACAGGGACCAACCAAAUUAUGUAGGGGCAUCUUUUGCAGGAAAGCUGUGUCUGAGAAACUAUUCUGGAGGGGUUGCUCUGUAUCAAAGAACAAUAACACUGGAGACAUUUUCAGUCAUCAUUGCACAGCUGCUCGGGCUUAGUCUGGGAAUAGCAUAUGAUGAUUCUAGGGAUUGUCAGUGUUCAGGAUACACCUGCAUAAUGCACACCACAGCAGUACAUUCCAGUGGGACAAAGACCUUUAGCAACUGCAGUAUAGGAGACUUUCAAAGUUUCAUUGCAAGUGGAGAAGGAGAAUGCCUUUUGAACAAACCGUAUUUGAAUGCAUCUUAUAGGGCUCCCGUCUGUGGCAACAAAAUAGUGGAGGAAGGAGAGGACUGUGACUGUGGCACACGAAAGGAAUGUCUAUGGGAUCCGUGUUGCCAACGCACCUGUAAAUUUAGACGAGACAUCAAAUGUAUCACUGGAGAUUGUUGUUGGAAAUGUAGGUUUGUGCGAAAUGGUACAUUAUGUCGAAGCACUAGCGAAGAUGAGUGUGAUCUAAUAGAGUAUUGCAAUGGUUCCUCUGCACACUGUACACCUGACUUCUGGGUCAUGGAUGGACACCCAUGCAACCAGAACACAGCCUAUUGUUUCAAAGGAGUGUGCCAAACUGCUGAUAAACAGUGUAAAAAACUCUUUGGUCAAGCUUCAAAAAGUGGCUCUCUCGCAUGUUAUGAAGAAAUUAAUGGUCAAAAGGAUAGGAUGGGACACUGCGGCUCCAAUCAGGACGGUUACCAGGCUUGCGAAUGGAAAGAUCUCCAGUGUGGGAAGUUAGUUUGUCAAUAUCCAAGUCAUAGACCAUUCAUUAAGGAAAAGGCUGCUGUCAUUUAUGCUAGGGUGCAGAAUUCCUUAUGCAUAACUUUAGAUUAUAUGAAGGGGCCUCGAGUGAAGGAUCCAAUGUUGGUGAAGGAUGGUACUCUCUGUGGUAAGCAAAAGAUUUGUAUGAACCAGAAAUGUGGAGAUGCUGCUGUCCUGAAAUAUAAUUGUGAUGUAAAGAAAAAAUGUAAUGACCAUGGAGUGUGCAACAACAGAGGAAAUUGUCACUGUAGGUCUGGCUGGCUGCCACCAGAUUGCAAAAUUUCAUCAAAAGGAUUUGGAGGGAGUAUUGACAGUAUUUUCAAAAGUGAUGCAAUCACUGACGGACUUUACUGGAACACUUUGAAGAACUGGCUUCUGCUAAGUUUCUGUCUCUUUCUGCCUGUCCUUGUUUGUUCUAUCAUCAUGAUUAUAAAACGAAAUGAAUUGAAUAGAUGCUGCACUAAGGAAGAAUCACAAGUUGAUGAAUUUCUUGGAGAAAUUAGAUGGGAGACUAGAAGGUGUUUCUACAGAUAACCCGGACCUUGUAAAAAUAAUGUUGUGAAGAAGUGGCGCGGGCUGCAGGGACAUGCUGGCCUUAACACUGCUGUCCUCUCAAGAUGGAAUCAACCAUAAUUCCAUCAGGUUGUAAAUUCUGAUGAGUUUCUGUAGAAAGAAUUAUAACAGCAAAAUACUGGACUUCAGAAAAUAAAACUCUCUGAGAAUGCAAAAGGAGUUAAAGAAAAUUGUUUGAAUUCAGUAAUACCUGCAAAAAGCACUUAAGAUACAAACAAAGACUACAUGUUCCAAUAAAAACUGAAACAGUGUAAAAGGCAACAAAAACCCACAGGGCUAAAUAGGAAGGUAAAGAGAAGCAUGUAAGGCCAUUUUAGCACUGCGGAGAAUGAGAGCGUGUCCUCUGGUUAAAGAGAGAGCCACACUACUUGGGUAAAAGUAAUCUUCACAAUAAAUUUACUGUAUGCUGAAGAGCUACGAGACUAUGUGUAUGUACUCAUAGCACUCU